AUGCCAAAAAUCGAUUUUGAGGAAGGAUGGAGAUUUGUGCAUAAGGGCAUCAAGAAGCUCCAAGACAAUCUUGAAGGCUUGCCUGAUACUCACGUCACUUCUAAUGAUUACAUAAUGUUAUACACAGCCAUCUUCAAUAUGUGCACUAGAAACCCUCAUGACUAUCGCGAAGAAUUGUACGAAAAGUACAAGCAAGUGAUUCCUGAGUACAUCACAUCAACUGUGAGAAACAUUGCUAAAUUAACAUCUUGUAUAUUCACAAUGGGAUUAAAACUAAUACGUAGAAUGAUUGAUUUUGUUAUCACAAUAGGUAGGCUGUGUUUGGAUAAUUUAAAAAUAACGGAACGGAAUAGGAUGGAGUGA